UCCGCCCACUUGACGCGAUGACGCACGGCAGGUUUGCGGACGUGGCGGCGGCGCACGGCCCGGAAGGCAGAGACGUCGGUGGCGGUGGCGGCAGAGGACAGGGGCGGCCAGAAUCGCAGGGUUGGUCAUGAAUUUGCCCGGGACCGGAGCCGCGGCGGCGGACCUGGCAGCGGGCUCCUUGUUGCGUCCCUGCUGCUAACGGAACAGAUUUUGACAUGGCAGGGAGACAUCAGAAUCGUAGUUUUCCUCUUCCAGGAGUUCAUUCAAGUGGUCAACUACAUGCGUUUGGAAAUUGUACAGACAGUGACGUAUUGGAGGAGGAUGCUGAAGUGUAUGAGCUUCGAUCCAGAGGAAAAGAGAAAAUACGAAGAAGUACAUCAAGAGAUAGACUUGAUGACAUUAUAGUAUUAACAAAAGAUAUACAGGAAGGAGAUACUUUAAAUGCAAUAGCCCUUCAGUACUGUUGUACGGUAGCAGAUAUCAAGAGGGUUAAUAAUCUCAUCAGCGAUCAAGACUUUUUUGCCCUUAGGUCUAUCAAAAUUCCAGUUAAAAAGUUUAGUUCAUUGACUGAAACACUUUAUCCUCCAAAAGGAAGACAGGCUUCACGUCCAUCAUCUGUUCAGUUUGUUCCAGAACAACAGGACAUUUUGCCAUCUAAUGAUUCUCUUUCUUCCAGUGAAUCAGCUGGCAGCUUUUUAAAAGAAGUAGACCGAGACAUAGAACAAAUAGUAAAAUGUACAGACACCAAAAGAGAAAACCUUAAUGAGGUGGUAUCUGCUUUAACAGCACAACAAAUACGUUUUGAACCUGAUAACAAAAACAUUCAACGUAAGGAUCCUUAUUAUGGAGCAGACUGGGGAAUAGGGUGGUGGACAGCUGUAGUGAUAAUGUUGAUAGUAGGGAUAAUAACGCCAGUGUUUUAUUUGCUGUAUUAUGAAAUUUUAGCUAAAGUGGAUGUUAGUCAUCAUUCAACAGUGGAUUCUUCCUCACAUUUGCAUUCAGGAGUCACACCCCCAUCACAGCAGAGAGAAGUAGAAGAUGGAAUUGGUCCGACUAAAGGAAUACCCUUUGGCCAACAUGAUCAUAAACUCUAUAGUCAAGAUUCUCAAUCACCUGCUGCUCAACACAAAACACAGCAGUGAGCUCAUACUUACAGUGUUAAUGAUCAUGUGUAUCUGGGGUGUGGUGAAUCAUUUAUAUUCAGUAACCACUUUAAAGGCAGAAAAGUUAAGGAGAUUGAAGAUGCUUUUGUUUUUCAUCCUUUUUUUGGAGCCAUUUACAAAUAGAUUAUCAAAGUUUUACAGUUGCUAGUUGUUGAUAUUGAGAGUUGUAAAUCCAUAUAUCUUGUAUCAGUGCUAAAGCAGAAAUGAAUUUAAAUAUGGGUCUAGAAAGUUCUUAACUUGGAAAAUGUAUCAUUUUUUAUAUUCAAGACUGGUUAUGUUUUAUUUUUCAAGCAAUUAUUUUUUGGCUUAAGGUUAUUAAUGUUAAAUAUAUUAGGCAAAAUAAUUUUUAUAAGCCCCCAAAAUAAUGUGUUAUGGUUGGGAAGUUGCCGUUUGGUCCCUGGAACACUGGAUUAGGGCAAUACCUAAAAGUAAUCUUCGUCUCUUACAGCUUGCUGCCUAUGCUUCUGUUUUUUAACUGAUUACAUUUGCCUCUGUUAUUUGAAAGCACUUUUGUAAUUCUUUAAUGAAAAGUGUUAUACAGAUUUGCAUUAUUUAGGAAAUAAAUCCUCACAUACUGUGA